AUGAACAGUCAGAAAAUUUAAAAUGAUGAAAGUCAUUAAGAAUAGGAAUAGGAUCCUAAUAAGAAAUUUAUUUAAAUUGAUGAACAAGAAAGUAUAAGCAAUUCAUAAACUGAAAAGAAUGAGAGGGAAGUGUAAAAGGAGAUAGGCCGAGAAGAUGAGAAAAAUAUAUAAAUUAAUUAAAUUGAUUCAAACUAUGAUACUAAAAAUGAAUCUUAAGCUACUUCAAUAAUACCUUAAAAAGCUUAUGAAAAAUCUUUUGAUGAUAAUAAAUAGUAAACAGGAUAAGAAUAAACUUAAGAUCUUAAUGAAGAAACAAAUUAGAAUAUACAAAAAUAUGAAAAUAAAGAAUACGAUAAUAAAAUUUAAGAAAAUAAAUAAUAAUUGUAAGAUAAUUAAAUUUUUCUAAAAAAUGAGGCUAUUAUUGAAUAAGUUGAUAAUUAAAGUGAAGAAUCAGAGAAUUUAGAAUCAAUAUAAAAUCAAAAUUAGAGAAAUAAAAAUUAAAAUUAAUAACAUUUAUAAUAUGAUAUAAUUACGAAUGGAUUAAAAGAAGGAGAUAUUUAAAAUUUAAAUAAAAAUAUAAAUGAAAAUUAAUAUUAAUAAAAUAAAAAUCAACAAAUUAAUGAAUAAGAUAAAGAAUUGAAUUUAAAUGUGAUUUAACAGAAAGAUAAAUAAAUAGAAUAAAAUGGUGAAGAGUAACAAAAGUUAGAUUAACAAAUAGAUGAAUAAAAUAUAUAAGAAUAAUAAUCAAAUUAAACAUUAAAUAGUUAGGGUUAAAAAAAAAAUCAAUAAGAUUAAGAAUUACCAUUUAAUUAAGAAUAAUCAAAUUAGAAAAAAGAAAAAUAAGAUGAAAAAUAUAAUUAUAAUAAAGAUUUAUAAAAAUAAAAUGAAGAAAAAUAAUAUUAAAAAUAAGGUUAGGAUAAAAAAUGUGAAAAAGAGGAUAAAUAAACAUAAGAUUAAUCAUAAAACUUAAAUUAAGAAAAAUUUUAGAAUGAUUAAUAAAAAUAAGAUUAAGAAUAAAGUUCAAAUCAAAAUUAAUUGAAUAUUGAUUAAUAUAAUUAAGAUAAAUAAUAAAAUUAAAAUGAAAAAUAUGAAUAACAUGAUUAAGAAAGAUAAGAUUAAAUACAAAAUUAGAAUGAAGAAUAAUUAAAUAAUGAUCAAUUAAGAUAAGAUUAAGAAAUAAGUUCAAAUCAAGAAUAAUUGAAUAAUCAUUAAGAAACAUAAGAAUAAUAAUAAAAUUAAAAUGAAGAAUAAGAAUAACAUGAUUAAGAAAGAUAAGAUUAAAAAUAAAAUUAAAAUGAAGAAUAAUUGAAUAAUGAUAAAUUAAGAUAGGAUUAAGAAUAAAGUUCAAAUUAAGAAUAAUUGAAGAAUGAUUAAUAUAAUUAAGAAUAAUAAUAUAAUUAAAAUGAAGAAUAAGAAUAACAUGAUUAAAAAAGAUAAGAUUAAAUAUAAAAUUAGAAUGAAGGAUUAUCAUAUAAUGAUCAAUUAAGAUAAGAUUAAGAAUAAAGUUCAAAUUAAGAAUAAAUGAAUAAUGAUUAAUAAAAUAAAGAUUAAUAAUAAAAUUAAAAUGAAGAAUAAGAAUAAAAUGAUUAAGAAAGAUAAGAUUAAAUAUAAAAUUAAAAUGAAGAAUAAUUAAAUAAUGAUCAAUUAAGAUAAGAUUAAGAAAUAAGUUCAAAUCAAGAAUAAUUGAAUAAUCAUUAAGAAACAUAAGAAUAAUAAUAAAAUUAAAAUGAAGAAUAAGAAUAACAUGAUUAAGAAAGAUAAGAUUAAUAAUAAAAUUAAAAUUAAGAAUAAUUGAAUAAUGAUAAAUAUUAUUUAGAUUAAAAUUAAAGUUCAAAUAAAGAAUAGUUGAAUAAUGAUUAAUAAAAAUAAGAUUAAGAGUAAAGUUCAAAUCAAGAAUAAUUGAAUAAUCAUUAAUAAAAUUUAGAUUAAGAAUAAAGUUCAAAUCAAGAAUAAUUGAAUAAUGAUUAAUAUAAUUAAGAUUAAUAAUAAAAUUAAAAUGAAUAAUAAGAAUAACAUGAUUAAGUAAGAUAAGAUUAAAUAUAAGUUUCAAAAGAAGAAUAAUUGAAUAAUGAUCAAUUAAGAUAAGAUUAAUAUUAAAGUUCAAAUAAAGAAUUGUUGAAUAAUGAUGAAUAUAGAUAAGAUUAUGAAUAAAAUUCAAAUCAAGAAUAAUUGAAUAAUGAUUAAGAUCAUUAAGAUUAAUAAUAAAAUUAAAAUGAAGAAUAAGAAUAACAUGAUUAAGAAAGAUAAGAUUAAUAAUAAAAUUAAAAUUAAGAAUAAUUGAAUAAUGAUAAAUAUUAUUUAGAUUAAAAUUAAAGUUCAAAUAAAGAAUAGUUGAAUAAUGAUUAAUAAAAAUAAGAUUAAGAGUAAAGUUCAAAUCAAGAAUAAUUGAAUAAUCAUUAAUAAAAUUUAGAUUAAGAAUAAAGUUCAAAUCAAGAAUAAUUGAAUAAUGAUUAAUAUAAUUAAGAUUAAUAAUAAAAUUAAAAUGAAUAAUAAGAAUAACAUGAUUAAGUAAGAUAAGAUUAAAUAUAAGUUUCAAAAGAAGAAUAAUUGAAUAAUGAUCAAUUAAGAUAAGAUUAAUAUUAAAGUUCAAAUAAAGAAUUGUUGAAUAAUGAUGAAUAUAGAUAAGAUUAUGAAUAAAAUUCAAAUCAAGAAUAAUUGAAUAAUGAUUAAGAUCAUUAAGAUUAAUAAUAAAAUUAAAAUGAAGAAUAAGAAUAACAUGAUUAAGAAAGAUAAGAUUAAUAAUAAAAUUAAAAUUAAGAAUAAUUGAAUAAUGAUAAAUAUUAUUUAGAUUAAAAUUAAAGUUCAAAUAAAGAAUAGUUGAAUAAUGAUUAAUAAAAAUAAGAUUAAGAGUAAAGUUCAAAUCAAGAAUAAUUGAAUAAUCAUUAAGAAACAUAAGAUUAAUAAUAAAAUUAAAAUGAAGAAUAAGAAUAACAUGAUUAAGAAAGAUAAGAUUAAUAAUAAAAUUAAAAUGAAGAAUAAUUGAAUAAUGAUUAAUUAAGAUAAGAUUAAUAAUAAAGUUCAAAUUAAGAAUAGUGGAAUAAUGAUCAAUUAAGAUAAAAUUAAGAAAUAAGUUCAAAUCAAGAAUAAUUGAAUAAUCAUUAAGAAACAUAAGAUUAAUAAUAAAAUUAAAAUGAAGAAUAAGAAUAACAUGAUUAAGAAAGAUAAGAUUAAUAAUAAAAUUAAAAUGAAGAAUAAUUGAAUAAUGAUUAAUUAAGAUAAGAUUAAUAAUAAAGUUCAAAUUAAGAAUAGUGGAAUAAUGAUCAAUUAAGAUAAAAUUAAGAAAUAAGUUCAAAUCAAGAAUAAUUGAAUAAUCAUUAAGAAACAUUAGAUUAAUAAUAAAAUUAAAAUGAAGAAUAAGAAUAACAUGAUUAAGAAAGAUAAGAUUAAUAAUAAAAUUAAAAUGAAGAAUAAUUGAAUAAUCAUUAAUUAAGAUAAGAUUAAUAAUAAAGUUCAAAUUAAGAAUAGUUGAAUAAUGAUCAAUUAAGAUAAGAUUAAUAAUAAAGUUCAAAUUAAAAAUAGUUGAAUAAUGAUUAAUAUGAUUAAGAUAAAUAAUAAAAUUAAAAUGAAGAAUAAGAAUAACAUGAUUAUAAAAGAUAAGAUUAAAUAUAAAAUUAAAAUGAAGAAUAAUUAAAUAAUGAUCAAUUAAGAUAAGAUUAAGAAAUAAGUUCGAAUCAAGAAUAAUUGAAUAAUCAUUAAGAAACAUAAGAUUAAUAAUAAAAUUAAAAUGAAGAAUAAGAAUAACAUGAUUAAGAAAGAUAAGAUUAAUAAUAAAAUUAAAAUGAAGAAUAAUGGAAUAAUGAUGAAUUAAGAUAAGAUUAAUAAUAAAGUUCAAAUUAAGAAUAGUUGAAUAAUGAUUAAUAUGAUUAAGAUAAAUAAUAAAAUUAAAAUGAAGAAUAAUAAUAACAUGAUUAAGAAAGAUAAAAUUAUAUAUAAAAUCAAAACGAAGAAUAAUUGAAUAAUGAUCAAUUAAGAUAAGAUUAAUAAUAAAGUUCAAAUUAAGAAUAGUUGAAUAAUGAUUAAUAUGAUUAAGAUAAAUAAUCAAAUUAAAAUGAAGAAUAAGAAUAACAUGAUUAAGAAAGAUAAAAUUAAAUAUAAAAUCAAAACGAAGAAUAAUGGAAUAAUGAUCAAUUAAGAUAAGAUUAAUAAUAAAGUUCUAAUUAAGAAUAGUUGAAUAAUGAUUAAUAUGAUUAAGAUAAAUAAUAAAAUUAAAAUGAAGAAUAAGAAUAACAUGAUUAAGAAACAUAAGAUUAAUAGUAAAUUUUAAAUGAAGAAUUACAAUAACAUGAUUAAGAAAGAUAAGAUUAAAUAUAAAAUUCAAAAGAAGAAUAAUUGAAUAAUGAUCAAUUAAGAUAAGAUUAAUAAAGUUCAAAUUAAGAAUAGUUGAAUAAUGAUUAAUAUGAUUAAGAUAAAUAAUAAAAUUAAAAUGAAGAAUAAGAAUAACAUGAUUAAGAAAGAUAAGAUUAAAUAUAAAAUUAAAAUGAAGAAAAAUUAAAUAAUGAUCAAUUAAGAUAAGAUUAAGAAAUAAGUUCAAAUCAAGAAUAAUUGAAUAAUCAUUAAGAAACAUAAGAUUAAUAAUAAAAUUAAAAUGAAGAAUAAGAAUAACAUGGUUAAGAAAGAUAAGAUUAAUAAUAAAAUUAAAAUGAAGAAUAAUGGAAUAAUGAUGUAUUAAGAUAAGAUUAAUAAUAAAGUUCAAAUUAAGAAUAGUUGAAUAAUGAUUAAUAUGAUUAAGAUAAAUAAUAAAAUUUAAAUGAUGAAUAAGAAUAACAUGAUUAAGAAACAUAAGAUUAAUAGUAAAUUUUAAAUGAAGAACUAGAAUAACAUGAUUAAGAAAGAUAAGAUUAAAUAUAAAAUUCAAAAGAAGAAUAAUUGAAUAAUGAUCAAUUAAUAUAAGAUUAAUAAUAAAAUUAAAAUGAAGAGUAAUGGAAUAAUGAUCAAUUAAGAUAAGAUUAAUAAUAAAGUUCAAAUUAAGAAUAGUUGAAUAAUGAAUAAUAUGAUUAAGAUAAAUAAUAAAAUUAAAAUGAAGAAUAAGAAUAACAUGAUUAAGAAAGAUAAGAUUAAAUAUAAAAUUAAAAUGAAGAAUAAUUAAAUAAUGAUCAAUUAAGAUAAGAUUAAGAAAUAAGUUCAAAUCAAGAAUAAUUGAAUAAUCAUUAAGAAACAUAAGAUUAAUAAUAAAAUUAAAAUGAAGAAUAAGAAUAACAUGAUUAAGAAACAUAAGAUUAAUAAUAAAUUUUAAAUGAAGAACUAGAAUAACAUGAUUAAGAAAGAUAAGAUUAAAUAUUAAAUUCAAAAGAAGAAUAAUUGAAUAAUGAUCAAUUAAUAUAAGAUUAAUAAUAAAAUUAAAAUGAAGAAUAAUGGAAUAAUGAUCAAUUAAGAUAAGAUUAAUAAUAAAGUUCAAAUUAAGAAUAGUUGAAUAAUGAUUAAUAUGAUUAAGAUAAAUAAUAAAAUUAAAAUGAAGAAUAAGAAUAACAUGAUUAAGAAAGAUAAAAUUAAAUAUAAAAUCAAAAUGAAGAAUAAUUAAAUAAUGAUCAAUUAAGAUAAGAUUAAGAAAUAAGUUCAAAUCAAGAAUAAUUGAAUAAUCAUUAAGAAACAUAAGAUAAAUAAUAAAAUUUAAAUGAAGAAUAAGAAUAACAUGAUUAAGAAACAUAAAAUUAAUAGUAAAUUUUAAAUGAAGAACUAGAAUAACAUGAUUAAGAAAGAUAUGAUUAAAUAUAAAAUUCAAAAGAAGAAUAAUUGAAUAAUGAUCAAUUAAUAUAAGAUUAAUAAUAAAAUUAAAAUGAAGAAUAAUGGAAUAAUGAUUAAUUAAGAUAAGAUUAAUAAUAAAGUUCAAAUUAAGAAUAGUUGAAUAAUGAUUAAUAUGAUUAAGAUAAAUAAUAAAAUUUAAAUGAAGAAUAAGAAUAACAUGAUUAAGAAACAUAAGAUUAAUAGUAAAUUUUAAAUGAAGAAUAAGAAUAACAUGAUUAAGAAAGAUAAGAUUAAAUAUAAAAUUCAAAAGAAGAAUAAUUGAAUAAUGAUCAAUUAAGAUAAGAUUAAUAAUAAAAUUAAAAUGAAGAAUAAUUGAAUAAUGAUCAAUUAAGAUAAGAUUAAUAAUAAAGUUCAAAUUAAGAAUAGUUGAAUAAUGAUUAAUAUGAUUAAGUUAAAUAAUAAAAUUAAAAUGAAGAAUAAGAAUAACAUGAUUAAGAAACAUAAGAUUAAUAGUAAAUUUUAAAUGAAGAACUAGAAUAACAUGAUUAAGAAAGAUAAGAUUAAAUAUUAAAUUCAAAAGAAGAAUAAUUGAAUAAUGAUCAAUUAAGAUAAGAUUAAUAAUAAAAUUAAAAUGAAGAAUAAUUGAAUAAUGAUCAAUUAAGAUAAGAUUAAUAAUAAAGUUCAAAUUAAGAAUAGUUGAAUAAUGAUUAAUAUGAUUAAGAUAAAUAAUAAAAUUAAAAUGAAGAAUAAGAAUAACAUGAUUAAGAAAGAUAAAAUUAAAUAUAAAAUCAGAAUGAAGAAUAAUUGAAUAAUGAUUUAAAUAUAUAAGAUUAAAAAUAAAAUUCAAAUCAAGAAUAAUUCAAUAAUGAUUAAUAUAAUUAAGAUUAAUAAUAACUUUCAAAUCUAGAAUAAUUGAAUAAUGAUUAAUUAAAUUAACGUUAUGAAUAAAAUUAAAAUCAAGAAUAAUUGAAUAACGAUUAACAAACAUAAGACUAAUAUUAAAUAUAAUAUGAAGAAUAAUAAUUAAAUCAUUAUGAAAGAUAGGAUUAAAUCUAAAAUUAAAAUUAAGAAUAAUUAUAGAAUGAUUAACAAGAGUAGGAUUAAAUUAACAAUUAAAAUUAAGAAUAAUUAUAGCAUGAUUAACAAAUGUAAGAUUAAAUAUUAAAUUAAAAUUAAAAAUAAUUAUACCAUGAUUAAGAAAAAUAGGAAUAAACAUAAAUUUCAAAUGAAGAAAUAAUUAAUAAUGAUAUAAAUACUGAAUAAGAAAAUAAAGAAAAACAAAAAAACUAAAAUCUGGAAUAUUUCAAUUAGGAUAAAUAAACAUAAGAUUAACACUCUAGUUAAAAUCAUAAAUAAAUUAAUACUCAUUAAGAAAGUUUAGAUAAAGAAUAGAUUUAAAAUCCUAUAUUAUCAAAUAAAGAUUAAGAAAAAUAAAUUUUAGAAUCAACUUAAAAUCAAGAAUCAUUUAAUAAGGAUUAGCAAAAAUAUGAUUAAGAAAAAAAUUCAUAGAUUGGUUACCAAAAUAAUGAACUAAAUUAAGAUUUUAUUUCUAAUUAAAUUCAAGAUUAAAUUAAUUUUGACUCUCAUAUAUAAGAUCUUUCAUUUAAAUAAAAUAAUGAACAAAAACACAAUGAUAUUUUAAAUUCUGAAUAAAUUAUAGAUUUUAACUAAAAAUCUAAUUUAUAAUAGGUUUAAUAUCUGAUAUAAGAUUAACAUUAAUAAUCAUAAAAAUAAUAAUAGGAAAACGUCGAUUAGGUUUCUUAAAAUAAAAAUACUAUUAAUUAAUAGAUAUCAGUUCAACAGCCAAAUAGUAUCUAAUUAGAAGAUUUUAAUAUCUAACAUAAAUAAUAUACCAAUUAAUACUAAGAAUAAAAUAUCUAUAAUUAGGAAAUUGAUGAUUAAGAACGACAGUAAAUUAUAGAGAUAUAAAUCAAUUCCUUAUAAGCUACUGAUACCCAAUAACUAAUUCCUAUAUUUAAAAAUGAAUCUAAUCUUCAAAUUGCUUAAAAAGAUAUCUAAAAUUAAUUUUUCUUAUUUUUAAAUUAAAAUGUUUAAGAUUAAACUUUGUUAUAAUCAAUUAAAUAAUAGUAUCAAAUUCUUCAUUAGGAGGGUUUUUAAUAACGUUAAGAUUAUUAUUAAUAAAAUUCAUAGAUUGAUAAAACAUAACCUUAUCGAUUUGAUAUUUAAAAUAGUUCAUUAUUAGAUCCAAGUAAUUCUAAUGUAUUUUAAGAAGAUUUUGUAAAUAACCUUGAGGAAAUUAAAACUUAAAACUAAGAAUAACUAUAAUAAAAAGAUGCAAUAAUUUCUUAAUUACAAUAAGAUUUAGAGGACUUGUAAUAUUAGCAAAACUUGGAGAAUAACAAAAUAAAUUAAUUGGAAUAAUUUUUAACAGAAAUUUCUUUCAAUGAUCUAAAGGAAAAAUAUUCAGAGAAUGAAGAAAUUGAUGCUCCAAAUGACUUGAUAAGAAAGGUUGUUAGAAAAUUAAAGAAAAUUCUAAAUGAUUGUUAAACAUCAUUUUAAGAUUAAAUAUAAAAUUUUAAUUUUGAACAGUAUGAAAAUUCUGAAAAAAAUAAAAUGGGUGAUAUUUUAUUUCAAAAAAUAGUCGACUACUCUUAAAAAUAAGCCUAUAAUGAAAAUGUGAAUUAAAUAAUUGCAGAACUAGUUGAAUAAAUAAAAAUUCUUAAAGAAAAAUAAAAUAAAAAUCACCAGUUAUUAAUUAAAAUUGGUUGUGAAAUAUUUAAUGGCUUAUAAUCCUUAAGCAAAUUUUAGUAAUAAAUAGAAAAAAUAAAAACACUUACUGAGUAAGUAAAAUAGGAAACAUAAUUAUUUUAAAGUAUUAUAAAUUAAUAAUGUGAUUUGGAAGCAUCUGAUCUAGAUGAUAAAAAUAAGAAUUUACUUUUAGAAUUUUUGAAGGAAUUAAAUCAAAAAUAAGAUCAUUUUGAGAAAUAUUUGAAUUUUUUAAAAAAAUCUAUGGCAUUAAGAAUUGGAUAAAUUAAAGAAAGUGAAUCAAAGAUUUUAAAUAAAAUUGCUGAAUUAUAAUAAGGUUAAAAAUUUUGA